CGUAAUCCAAUGGCGACGAGCAUGGGUUUGUUAUUGCUGGACUGCGCUUUUUAACACGUUAGUUUUGAACUCUCAUGAGGCAUUAAAAAGGCUCAUUUCUACAUAGGAAAAUAAUUUUCGCACCGCACCAGUGUCGUGGAUGGAUUGACGUAUAACUGCACUCAAAAACUUUUGUUGCGGUGUUUCUCCAGCAGGUGACAUGUUCCACAACAGCUCCCAGAAAAAAUACUGGAUUUUUAAAAGUGAAGAUGAAAUCGAGCAGAUGAGAUUCAAAGCCAAUCAGAAAUUCCGUAACAAGGCGCUGGAAAGUGGGAAGAAGCCCGGCGUGAGUGAGUCCAUGUUUUUGGAGCGUCAUGAGGAAGAUGUUUUAUUUCGACACUAUGAGAGGAGGCUGUUGGACUUCUGCAAUGCUUUUAAACCCGCAAUGCCCAAGUCUGUGGUGGGUACAGGCCUCAUGUACUUCAGGAGAUUCUACCUGAGCAACUCCAUCAUGGAGUACCACCCCAGGAUUAUCAUGCUGACCUGUACAUACCUGGCUUGUAAAGUGGAUGAAUUCAAUGUGUCCAGCACCCAGUUUGUGGGAAAUCUUGUGCAGGAGAGCCCAGCAGGACAAGAAAGGGUUCUGGAACAGAUCCUGGAGUAUGAGCUGCUGCUAAUCCAGCAGCUCAAUUUUCAUUUGGUGGUCCACAACCCCUACAGACCCAUGGAGGGACUGCUUAUUGAUCUCAAGACUAGAUACCCUACACUGGAGAACCCCGAGUCACUGAGAAAGAGUGCUGAUGACUUUCUGACACAGGCAGCCAUGACAGAUGCAGGACUACUUUUUUCUCCCUCCCAGAUCGCUCUGACAGCUAUCCUGAACAGCGCCUCAAGAGCCGGUCUUAACAUGGAGAGUUAUCUGAAUGAAUGCUUGGGACUGAAAGAGGACAAGGAAACCCUCUCAAAGAUGUACGACUCCAUGAGACGAAUGAAAACCCUCCUUAAGAAAUAUGAGCCUCCUAAACCAGAGGAGGUGAACAUUUACAAACAGAGGCUGGAGAGGAUUCAUGCUGAAUUUGCCAGUUCAAGCAACAAACGAAAGAGAGGAUAUGAAGAUGAUGGCCAUGUAGCAAAAGAACCACGUUUGAUGGAAGAGGAAUGGACUGAUGAAGAUCUCAUCUAGGCUUGUGGAACUGAGCAGAGUUUACAUUUAUUAUAUAUACUUAAUUCCAGUAUUUUACUGUCAACAGAUUAAGAAUUUAUAGGAGACACAGCAGUAUUGGCUUUUCCAGGUGUUCAUGUCUUUUUUUUUUAUACGAUAUAGUAGUCAGCUAUUUGUUUUCUCUUUGUUCUACUGUUUUAAUAAAGAUGUGUUUAUGAAUUAAAAAUAGAACUGUAAAAUAUUCCACACAACACCAUGUGAACACAUUUCUCCUCCCUCGUCAGGGGACAAAAGAAACCCCACUCCGUGAUCUACUUUACAAAAACAGUUUAAUAAGUGCAUGCAUGUCUGAUACAGUCUGUACUAUCCCAAAAAAAAAAAUUUUUUGCUGUAAACAUUUUUGUUUUACUUGGUUUUUCUGAUUAUGUGUCUUGAAGUU